GUUUGACACAUUGUUAACAUAUGGUGCUGAUAAUUAUAUGAUGUGUACCAGACAGUACAGUGCAAUAGAUUGUCUUCUUUUUUGUAUUGAAAGAUAUUUAUUUGUUAAUAUGUAUUGUUGUAAAAGUUCUGAAUACAAAGGUUUCUCAUAAGAAUCAGUUUUGGUGAUUAUACUGUUGCUGUACUUCUUUCUACAGGAAAGGAAAAUUGUUUAGUAACUUUGUGUGUUCUAGAUUUUAUAAAGGAAAGAAGCAUUCAGUAAUGCAAGUGAUUGGAAAUUUUGGGUCACUGGCAAAGGAUCGAUUAUGCCUGGCAAGUCAUCAGGUAAUCGUGGCCGACAGCACCCGCAUCACCAGAGUCGACGGAGAAAAUUUCAUAAAAUGACAUCUGGUUCGUCAGGUGACCCCACUGCAGAUGCUGAAGUAGCAGAAGCAUUUCCCGAGCAUGAUGGGGAGACCCAUCAACUUCUGGACAUUUCUUCGCAACCUAAAAUGACACGAGCAGCACAAGAAGAAACAGAAAAUGUGUGGAGUGUAUCUGUUCAGGUGUUCAUCCCCUUUCUGGUGGCAGGAUUGGGGAUGGUUGGUGCUGGCCUUGUGCUUGAUGUCGUUCAGCAUUGGCAAGUGUUCCGCGUCGUAUCUGAAGUAUUCAUUUUAGUACCUGCUCUACUGGGUCUCAAGGGCAAUCUGGAAAUGACACUUGCUUCUCGACUGUCCACGCAAGCCAACUUAGGUUUCAUGGACAACCCUAAACAACAAUGGAGUCUGAUUGCUGGCAACUUGGCACUUAUUCAGUGUCAAGCCAUUGUAGUAGGUUUCCUCGCAUCGUUAGCAGCUGUGAUAAUGGGCUGGGUUCCUGAAGGGAAAUUUGAUCCCGCUCAUGGUCUUCUUCUCUGUGCCAGCAGUCUUGUUACUGCAUCACUGGCGAGCUUCGUGCUUGGUCUCGUGAUGGUUGCUGUGAUAGUGUCUUCACGCCACUGCAGUAUAAACCCAGAUAAUGUGGCCACACCGAUUGCGGCCAGCUUGGGAGACCUCACCACUUUGGCAUUGUUGUCAUGGAUUGCCUCUUUAUUAUUUGAAGCUAUAAAUGAACGUUGGUGGCUUGCUCCAGCCAUCAUUGUAACCUUUGUUCUGCUGACUCCAGUAUGGGGGUGGAUUGCUGCCAAGAACAAGUACACAAAGGAGGUCUUAGACUCAGGGUGGACACCUGUUAUAUCUGCAAUGCUGAUUAGCAGCAUUGGGGGCCUUGUAUUAGACUUCACAGUGUCAAACUUCAAGGGCAUAGCAGUGUUCCAACCUGUGAUCAAUGGUGUUGGGGGGAACCUUGUGGCAGUGCAGGCUAGUCGCAUCUCCACAUCAUUGCACCGAGAUUCCCGCCUUGGAAAACUGCCUCAUUAUGCUUCGUCUGUUUGUCUCAAUCCUUUUACUGUAUUCUGCAGUCAAGGAGGCCAUGCCAGAACUGCAAGAGUACUUCUGAUGAUGGUUAUACCAGGCCAUCUGAUCUUUUCAUAUACGAUAAGCUACCUCCAAGCUGGUCACACAUCUCUCACUCCUAUUUUUGUGGCAGUGUACCUUUUGGCAGCUGUCCUUCAGGUUCUGAUGCUUCUGUACAUCUGUCAUAUAAUGAUUCACUGGAUGUGGACACAGCAUAUAGAUCCUGACAACUCUGCAAUACCUUACCUCACGGCUCUGGGAGAUUUACUGGGAACCAGUCUGCUUGCUGUUGCUUUCCAGUUUCUCUACCUUGUAGGAGACCGUGACAGUGAUGUAGGGGACUGAAUUGCCAUGCAUUGGGCAAUGGGAGUAUGAAGAUGACUGUCUCUGGGAUGUUACGCUGUGUAGUCUCAUAGAAGUUGCCCAUUUCUGAGGUGAUUACUGCCUCCGUCAUCAGGUAGAUGAGACAGUAAGCGCUUCUGAAACUUCAUUCAAUUUCUGCAAGUCUGUAUGGUACAGCAUCCCGGAAGACAGCCUUGUUCUUCACAGUUUACAGUUUGGAAUUUUAAGCAUGUAACCAUGUUGCCUUACUCUUUGUGUAUCUUAGGAUGUUUUGAAUAAAUUAUGAAGUGUCAUAAAGCACAGCAAAGUCAAUUCAUGUAUUUUCUGGUGGCAUUAUGUUUUUUGGAACAUGUUAACAUACCAGUGUUGCCACGUUUGCCCCCCCCCCCUAUUUUUUUUAACUCGUGUCAUGAGUUGCAUUCCACUAUUCUGAUAUGGUUCUUUCACUUAAAGCAGUGUGUUAAAAAUGUCAAAUGUAUAAGAAAUGUUGUUGCUUUCAAUAUUUCUUAAUAAACUUGUGGUGUCAGUGAAUUGUGAAUAAAGUGUCUGAAGGAAACAUUAUUAAUGAUGAUAAAUUUAUCUGACGGGUUUUCUGGUGAGUAUGAAACAGUCCAGAGUAACAGAAAUUGUUUAUAAUUUCGUAGCUAUGCAGAAUUUUAACUGUGAUAUACUUAUUUUUGUGUUCUGUGGAGCCAAAAAUCAGUGCAGUUUAUAUGAAAUGUGCAUUUUAAUGCUAAAGGCACAUACAUAUAUUUUAAGCUAUGUUUUCUUUCUGUACCUAUUUAUUCUUUCAAAAGAGUACAUUGAGAUUGAGGAACAUUUUGUAUAUUUCAGAAUUCUGUACAUGCUCUUUAUGAUUAGCAUAAUGAAAGUGAGUGUGAGAAGUAAAUAUUUUUUAUCUUACAA